GUGCCAUUGACACCUGCAGCGUGCGCGCACAGUGAUUAGUGAUACCACACCGCGGCGCGCGUACGCACACUCCCGAAAAAAAUAGUGUCAGGCUCCCGAAAAAUAAGUGUCACUGUAACGAAAAAAAUUGUGUUACGCUCCCGAAAAAAGUGACACACUAAUUAAGUGCCACUGACACGAAAAAUUGGUGGUACUUUUCAAAACAUUGAUUUUUACAUUACCUACAGAAAUAGUACAUAAAGUGCAACAAUAAUGCCGAACAUAAUCUGGAUAGCAACUUUGAUUUUUUAUGGUCUUAUACAGAGCACAUCACAAGUUCAAAUAAGAUGCUAUAAAGACUCAAGAAGUAAUUACACGGCAAUCACCUUGGAAAACCCUGGGAAGCUGUUGAACUCGAGCUGCUUCGAUUACGAGCUGCCGACGCUCUGCUACACGUUCGGGUACAGAGGCAAGGUGGACGGACCGGCCACCACGGCGGUUGUCAACGCCUACUUGAAGUACAAGAAGAGGAAUGUGCUGCUGUUGGACUGGGAGGAGGAGGCCGAUGGGGGCGCUCUCGGGAUCAAACUGGGAUACGUCUUCAAAGCUGUGCCUAAUGCGAAGCAUAUCGGCGGGAGACUAGGCAGCGCACUCAUUAAAUUGGCCAAAUCCGGUCUCAACAUGACCAAUGUCCACCUCAUGGGACAUUCCCUGGGAGCACAUUUGAUGGCUCACGCCGGUAGAUUCACCAGGGCCAGGGGGUACGCCGUUUCAAGAAUAACCGGCCUAGACCCAGCCAGGGUACUAUUCGAGGGCAUACCGACGCUCCAGAAGGGUCUGGACCGCACGUGCGCCAAGUUCGUGGACAUCAUCCACACCAACCCCGGCAACUACGGCUCGGAAAAGUCCACCGGCACCGCCGACUUCUGGCCCAACUACGGCAACCACGGCCUCCAACCAGGAUGCCCGGAGGGAAGCUUUGAUAUGUUCUCGCAGGAAGAUCUGUGCAGCCACAAUCGUGCGUGGCAGUUUUUCAUCGAAACCCUGUUCGCACCGACCUCCUUCCCAGCGGUCAGCGCUGACACGUACGAGGAAUUCGUUGAGAUGGACGGCCGUGCUAACUUCACAGCUUAUAUGGGCGAACUAGUCAGCACAAAAGCCAAAGGUAACUACUACUUAACAACAAACGCUCAAGAACCAUUCGGGAUGGGCGAAGAAGGAACGCGGCCCAGCAACCAAGCAAGAAGAAGAAGAACCCCAUACAAAAAAUACACAACUACCCUCAUUAAGCUUGUAGGAUUCUAUAGAUGAUUUAAGUAAGUAGCUGUAAAGUACAAAAAUAAGUUAGGUAUAUUAUAC